GCGCCUGCGCAGGGAGAGCGGGUCGGCGCGCCGGCGCAGUGCCGCCGUCACAGGCUGAGUGCUGCGGCGCGAUCCUCGCUUCCCAGAGUGUUGGCCCGGGAGGAAAGAAGAUGGUGCUGGAUCUGGAUUUGUUUCGGGUGGAUAAAGGAGGGGACCCAGCCCUCAUCCGAGAGACACAAGAGAAACGCUUCAAGGACCCGGGACUAGUGGACCAGCUGGUGAAGGCAGACAGCGAGUGGCGACGAUGUAGAUUUCGGGCAGACAACUUGAACAAACUGAAGAACCUAUGCAGCAAGACAAUUGGAGAGAAAAUGAAGAAAAAAGAGCCAGUGGGAGAUGAUGACUCCAUCCCGGAGAAUGUACUGAAUUUCGAUGACCUUACUGCAGACACUUUAGCUAACCUGAAAGUCUCACAAAUCAAAAAAGUCCGACUCCUCAUUGAUGAAGCCAUCCUGAAGUGUGACGCUGAGCGGAUAAAGCUGGAAGCAGAGCGGUUUGAGAACCUUCGAGAGAUCGGGAACCUUCUGCACCCUUCUGUGCCCAUCAGUAACGAUGAGGAUGCAGACAACAAAGUAGAGAGGAUUUGGGGUGAUUGUUCCGUCAGGAAGAAGUACUCUCAUGUGGACCUGGUGGUGAUGGUAGAUGGCUUUGAAGGCGAAAAGGGGGCCGUGGUGGCUGGGAGUCGAGGGUACUUCUUGAAGGGGGUCCUGGUGUUCCUGGAACAGGCGCUCAUUCAGUAUGCUCUUCGCACCUUGGGAAGUCGGGGCUACACUCCCAUUUAUACCCCCUUUUUCAUGAGGAAAGAGGUCAUGCAGGAGGUGGCACAGCUCAGCCAGUUUGAUGAAGAACUUUAUAAGGUGAUUGGCAAAGGCAGUGAAAAGUCUGAUGACAACUCCUAUGAUGAGAAGUACCUGAUUGCCACCUCAGAGCAGCCCAUUGCGGCUCUGCACCGGGAUGAGUGGCUCCGGCCGGAGGACCUGCCCAUCAAGUACGCUGGUCUGUCCACCUGCUUCCGCCAGGAGGUGGGCUCCCAUGGCCGUGACACCCGUGGCAUCUUCCGAGUCCAUCAGUUUGAGAAGAUUGAACAGUUUGUAUACUCAUCACCCCAUGACAACAAGUCCUGGGAGAUGUUUGAAGAGAUGAUUACCACCGCAGAGGAGUUCUACCAGUCCCUGGGGAUUCCUUACCACAUUGUGAAUAUUGUCUCAGGUUCUUUGAAUCACGCUGCCAGUAAGAAGCUUGACCUGGAGGCCUGGUUUCCGGGCUCAGGAGCCUUCCGUGAGUUGGUCUCGUGUUCUAAUUGCACGGAUUACCAGGCUCGCCGGCUUCGAAUCCGAUAUGGGCAAACCAAGAAGAUGAUGGACAAGAGAAAGGAUAAUCUCCAUUUAUCUACACAGAACAAGUUGGAGGCUUCCCACUUCUCACCCAAGAAGGUGGAGUUUGUCCAUAUGCUCAAUGCUACCAUGUGCGCCACUACCCGUACCAUCUGCGCCAUCCUGGAGAACUACCAGACAGAGAAGGGCAUCACUGUGCCUGAGAAAUUGAAGGAGUUCAUGCCACCAGGACUGCAAGAACUGAUCCCCUUUGUGAAGCCUGCGCCCAUUGACCAGGAGCCAUCAAAGAAACAGAAGAAGCAACAUGAGGGCAGCAAAAAGAAAGCAAGAGACGUCACCCUGGAAAACCGGCUUCAGAACAUGGAGGUCACCGACGCCUGAACAUUCCUGCCUCCCUGUUUGCCAGGCUUUCAUUUCUGUCUGCCGAGAUCUCAGAGCCUGCCCAAGAGCAGGGAAGCCACGCACCCAUUCAUCGCCCUGCCCCCAUCUGAUUAUGUAGCUAAGAGGGGAACAGUGCCACGUACCGCACAGAUGUUCCUGUCUCCUCGCAUGGACAUAGGAACCCAUCACCGAUGACUGAUGAAACCGUGUAAUAAAGCAUCUCUGGGGAGGGCUUAGGACUUUUCCUCAGUCUUCUUCCUGGGACUUGAACCCUG